GGUACAAUCGAUGACAUUCCAUCUGUUUCUUCCAUAUUGUCUCUGCGGCGUAGCUUUGGUCGCAUAGCAUUGGUGCUUUGUUCAGAGGGACAAGCAAACACUGCCUUCUCGUCUGGAUUCAAGAUGACAUCGUCGAACUGCGCACAAGGAAACAGAAUGUGGGAACUCACUGACUACGAAAUCCAGCGAUCUCCCCAGGAAUUGCUUCCAGAGUCUAGGCUGGUAGUCGUGGACGAAAGUGUUCGCGAAGAGCUCACGUGCGCCAUUUGCCUGGGCCUUCUCUGCAACACCGUCGCGACGAGAUGCCUGCACCGGUUCUGCGAGGAGUGCAUCACCACAUCACUUCGCCGGUGCAACAAGUAUUGCCCCACCUGUCGCCGCAAGAUUCCCUCGAAGAGAUCGCUGCGGCGCGACCAUCGCAUGGACGCUCUGAUCGCCGUGCUCUACCCGAACGGCGACGAUGAGGAAGACGAAACGAGUCGCGCGGCUGCACCUCGUGAGUCGUGGAGUAGCCAGCCUUUGCAGGCCGCGCUACAGGGCAUGCCUCGGCGAGGAGGCGAGCAGCACGCUUUGCAAGGACCACCGUACCAAUGACUUGAGUGGGCGAAGCAAAUGGUCGCACGCAAUAACAACCAUUUCCUGUGUGUGUUUA